CCCGUUCGGCGGCGCGACGGUAGAGAGAUUCCGUCGAACACAUGGCCGCUCUCGCCUCAGCCGCCCGCUCGAGGCGCCGGCUCCUUCCCUAUCUGUACCGCCUCCUCCACUCCGCGUCCACAACCGCUGUCUCCCCGUCGCCCUCCACCAGCCGCUUCCUCCGCCACGCCUCGCCGGUGCCCCGCACCCCUGACCACUCCCCUUACCUUCGGUUCCCCGCCGCGCGCGUCUCUACGCUCCCCUCAGGCCUCCGCGUCGUCACGCAGGCCUACCCGGUCGCCACACGGAUUGCCUCCGUCGGCGUCUGGGUCGAUGCGGGGAGCCGCUUCGAGCUCCCUGGAACCAACGGAACCGCACACUUCCUGGAGCACAUGGCCUUCAAGGGCACACGGCGCCGGCCCAACGCGCAGGUGCUCGAGGUGGAGAUCGAGGACAUGGGCGCGCGCCUCAACGCGUAUACCUCCCGCGAGCAGACCACCUUUUUUGCCGACGUGCAGGCGCGCCACGUUCCGGCGGCACUCGACGUCCUCAGCGACAUCCUACAGCACCCGCGAUUCCCCGAAAGGGCUAUCCAGCGGGAGCGCGGCGUCAUCCUCCGUGAGAUGGAGGAGGUGCAAGGUAUGAUGGAAGAGGUGAUAUUUGAUCACUUGCAUGCAGCAGCAUUCCAAGGCCAUCCACUAGGGGACACAAUAUUAGGUCCUGAAGAAAAUAUUAGGUCCAUUUCUAAGAAAGAUUUGGAGCAAUAUAUCUCAACUCACUAUACCUGUCCUCGAAUGGUUGUAUCUGCUGCUGGAAGUGUCAGUCACGAUGAGGUUGUUGAUCAAGUGAAAGAAUUAUUCACAGAAUUCUCCACUGAUCCAACUACUGCUGAUCAGCUUGUUCAGGCGAACCCAGCUAUUUUUACUGGAUCUGAGGUUCGUGUAGAAAAUGCAGAGUUUCCUCUAGCACACAUCGCAAUAGCUUUCAAAGGUUCAUCAUGGACUGACCCUAGCUCCAUUCCCCUUAUGGUGAUCCAAAGCAUAUUGGGAUCCUGGAACAGGAGCAUUGGGGUUGGGAACUGCUCAGGGUCUUCUUUAGCUCGUGGUAUCAGCAAUGCUAAUUUAGCUGAGAGCCUGAUGGCGUUCAAUACUAACUAUCGGGACACAGGAAUAUUUGGCAUUUAUACUAUUGCUCCGCCUGACACCCUGCAAGACUUGUCACGGUUAAUAAUGGCGGAGUUUAGAAGACUUGCAUCCCAGGUGUCAGAAACAGAGGUUGCCCGUGCCCGCAAUCAGCUGAAAUCUUCUCUGUUACUUCACAUUGAUGGAUCCACUGCAGUUACUGAGAAUAAUGGUCGCCAGAUGCUAACUUAUGGGCGAGUCAUGCCGUUCCUAGAGCUUUUUGCACGCAUUGAUGCUGUUGACUGUGCUACAGUAAUGGAAACUGCCAAGGAGUACAUAAUUGAUAAGGAUAUUGCUCUGGCUGCAGUGGGACAGCUCACGGAAUUACCAGAACUUAGUUGGUUUCGCUCCGAAACAUGUUCUGACGAUGAUUUUACUCGAAGAAUAUUAUUUGGGAAUGCAAAGUAGUUGAAGCUGUGGCUCUGUUUUGGUAUUGUUGUAACUCUAGGUCAAUCAUUCUAAGAAACUAUCAAUUGAUAGAUAGCAUCAGCUAUUUCAGUUAUUUGUUAGUUUUGCGCUUGUACUGUGUACUUAUUUGACGCAAAAUGUGCAAAUAAUUUACUUUGCUGUGGUGCUCUACUUAUGAAUUCAUUUCAUCUAUGAGUUCUAAGAAUAUAUAUUUUUUGCUAUUAAGCAUAUUGAAAUU